CGACACAACCAUGUCCACCGGCCUUAGUUGGGAAUAUUCGGGCUCCAGUCUCUCAGGAGUACCUCGUGCUAUUAACGAAGGUGUAACUGUGGACCCGCGUAGCUUCUGCGUCUCCCCCGGUAAUACAGAGACCGCCUUGCCACUGCCUACCUAUUUCUCCGCUUUUGGGACUGGCAUAGACAUUGAUCGUGAAUACGACGACCCUUUCGAGGAAGAAGACUUGGAACGCCAUCUACCAACCUUCACAGUUUCCGACGGGGAGGCUUCUUAUCUAGAGGACCAUUCGAAGUGGGAUGAAUCGGCUGGAACGCCUCUCGCGUCUGAUCAAGGACUCAGUGUCACGCCAUCAACACGACGCCAAUCCAUCAAGCCAGUGCUGAAGAAAAGCCGAACCCAUCGAAAAAAGGUUCCCGCAUCCCGAAAACAUUCACUACCAUCAAUGACCAAGGCGCCAUUGUACUCGCCUAAUCGCUCUGAGAUUUCUCCAUACGGGCUUCGAGCAACGCGUAAUGUCACCGCGAAAAUGAAUGCUAUCUUUCAAGAGUCCCUGUCUGCGAGCUUGGAGCUAUCCGACGCAUCUAGAGCGUCACACCCGAAAAAUGCGAGUACUUCGGCUGACACAUUAGAGGGCGAACUUGGGGCAAUGGGAAACCAACGAACAAUGUUCUUUCGAACGCAAUCGUCAAGUCGGCCUCUUGCGCCACGAAAUUGACUAUCCGACCUAGAAUAUACGGGACGCAUUUGAAAUCGGG